AUGGCGUCUCCCAAGAAAUCAAAGAAAAGCAAGAAAGAUAGGAAAUUGAAGAAAAACUUAAGCUUGGUUCCAGUCGAGCCCAAAGCCGCAGACUCUGACUGGUGGGAUAGUUUCUUCAACCCAAGGCACACAGGUUGGAGUGGACUUGAUGAAGGCAUCAUUAAAGGCAACUGCUCCGCUUCAGAUGAUACCAAGAAAAGAAAUACCAGUUUUAAGAAAAUAAAUAGUGAUGCAGGAGCUCGCGUGAGUGACUAUGUUGUCAGUGAGUUUGUUCAUGUGGACUUUGAGAAUGGUGCAACAACUACUCACAGAAGAUCUAAGGUUUCUAAUUCAACAUUCCAUCUCACCCAGCUGCAAUGGCACCACAGUCAAUAUGAUUCGAACGUAAUUUGCCAAGAGGAAGCUUGGUUUGACUCAGUGAGUAUUCUGGAGUCUGACUCGGAUGAUGACUUUAUCAGUAUACGCGGAGGUAUUGGCCAUCAGCCUGUAACUACAUAUUACAGAAUGAAAGCCUUGUGGUCAUCUUGUUUGAUUGCAAAACUACUGAAGUAA